AGGAGGAGGAGGAGGUGGAGGAAGGGAAAUAACGAAAGAGGGAGAGGAGCUGCGUCGCGUACGAACAGCUGCCGGCAGGUUCCCCCGAGGCUGCGAAAGCUCCGGGCAAGGUUUUGGCUCCGGACCCCUCCGAAUCCCCGUCCCCCCUGCAACUGGCGCCACGGCGGACAGGGCCGCAGGCAGCCGCACCAUGGCGGAGUCCACGACCGCCAUGGCAGCCUCUUCGACGGUCACCGAGACCGAGGUGACAGAGCCGGAGAAUCGCAGUCUCACCAUCAAACUGAGGAAACGGAAACCGGCCAAGAAAGUGGAAUGGUCAAGUGACACGGUGGACAAUGAGCACUUGGGGCGCAGAUCUUCCAAAUGCUGCUGCAUCUACGAGAAGCCGCGGGCGUUUGGCGAGAGCUCCACAGAGAGCGAAGACGAGGACGACGAAGGUUGUGGCAACGCCCACUGCAUCCGGGGCCACAGGAAAGGCCAGCACGGGAAGGGGCGGGGCAAAGCGGGAGACCCCAGCCCGUUGGAGAGCAGCCCCCAGAAGUCGGAGCCACCUGACCAGAACCACGCCGGGGCAAUGCAGCACUGAACCCCUCCCUGCCACGGGGCGGGGGAGGGGAGCCCCAGCUUCUGCCGCAAACAGGGACUGACGCUGCCCCAACUCAGGGGCAAGGGGGAGGGAGGGGAGGGUCUGCACAAUCAGCUACCCAUCCGUCUUGUGCCGGCGCUGGUGCUGCCUCGGUCCCAGGGGGAGGGGGAGGGAGGAGAGGGGAGGGCACGCGCAUCCAGCUCGCCACCUGCAUUGUGCCAGAGCUGCUACUGUUGUCUGUCUGUCCAUCUGUGGCUGGUGAGUCCGUCUGGUAACACCCAUCCUCACUCCACCCAACGUGGAAUGUAUAGAGAGAGAGAGAGAGAGCCUGCUGGGUUUCUUGGCUGAAUUUCUGCCCCCACGCUUCUUCAUUAAAUAUUUGCAUCAGUGAUAAACAAGGUGGGAAACGGGUGCUGCUUCAGAAAAGGGCAGCGAUGGAGCUGUGCCCGGGCUCCUGUCGGACAUGCAUGCCCUCUCGCUCCCCGUUCCCGGCUUUGAGUGCCCCUCCGUCACACCUCCAUUUUCUGCCUGUACACCUCCUCCCCUUGUCCUUCCCCAGCAAUUUCCUUCCCUAAUCAGCCCAGUUCUAACGCUCGAUGAUGUUCAUUCUCUCUCGCUCUCACCCUGCCCUCUCUGAUCCCUGUUGGUCCCACCCCCACUUCUCCUCUCUUCCACCCCCGUACCCCACUCUUGGCCUCCCCACUGCUGCAGGGCCACUGCUUCUGACACACAGCUGCCUCGAGGGUGCAGCUGUGGGGUUUCCCCACCGUCCUAAACUUUUCCAGGAGCCCUCGGUUCCUCCUCCGCACUGCUACAACAACUGUGAUUGGUUGUCUUCAGUUGUGUCUUUCUAAGAGGGCACCCUUCCCUUCCACGAUUCCUUUUUUUAAAAAAACCAAAACAAAACCCAA